AUGUGGUCAACAGAGGAUUUGAAUAACAUGCAGUCUUUUGAAAUUGAAGAUGGUGGGUUUGGAUGUGGAAAAGUUGUUAUCACACAAAUGACGAGAGAUAGCGAGGGACCGUCCAAUGUGAAAGACGAUCUUUAUGACACUGUUGAGGAAUAUAAAGAGAACUUUGAUAAGAUGUUCAAUAAAGUUUCAUCCAGAAAGGAGGACAUGUAUCGAAUUGUUUCUGAUUGUAUAUCAAAGUUCCCAGAUGUCAAUAUAACAAAUGAAUUGAAAGAGAAGUUCAUUAAGUUAUUUUUAGAUCCUAUUUUUUCAAGUGCUGAUAAUCAAAACAAUGAAAAUGAAAAAAAGGAUCACAUGAAAGGGUUGAAUCUCAAAAUGAAUGUUCUUUUGAUUCAGGUUCUAAUAAGAUGUGCACAGGAUAAAAACAGAAUGGAGGUACUUUUUGAAACAAAUACGGGAGAGAUUAUGCAUAGACAUGAUUUUGAGAGCAUGCGACCUUAUCAUGUUAUACAUCAUAGUGUGAUUGAUUCUUGGGCUGCUGUUCUAAAUUACGAGGAACAAAAGUCAAAAAGUAAACCAUACCGCCUGUUCUUCAAUACCAAAAUUAUGAGUUCUGAUUUAUUAGAUGAAUCUAAAUCUUUUGACGAGCGUUUUUUAACUUUUGAGACCCGUGUUGAUAGGUUUCUAUCUAAUUUCAAGGCAAAUGUAGAUUUCAAUGAUCUUAAACUCGUGGUUUUCCCAAUACUUAAUGGUGAUCAGAUGUAUGGUGUUGUUUUCAACCUAACAUAUCCACAAGUUCAUAUUAUAGACAACAUAGAAACAAAAUCGUUAGAAGAAACUUAUGGAAUGACACCUACAUCAUUAAAAUUGUACUUUAUACGAUAUCUGGAGAAAACUACAUUUAUCGUCAAUAAAAUUAAAGGUUUGCGAUCAACAACAAUGAAGAUGAUGAAAAUUGACUGCAACACAAAGAAGUUGACAACAGAGAGUGGAACACUUUUAAUGAGACAUAUGGAAAAAUAUUGUGGAGAAAAGCAAGGAAAGUGGAAUGUGGAAAUGGAAAAAGGCAGUGAUGUGCAAGAUGUGCAAUUUGUAAAAUUAUGUGCCUUAUAUUCUGUUAAGAUUGCUACACAUGAAAUCAACAACCACAAGGAGAGAGUUAUCAAAGAAGCAAUCGAAUUUGGAAAGUUUGAUCAUGCGACUAGAAAAAAGAUGUUAGAGGAAGGUAUCAAUAGAAUGGAUGAAUUGGAAAUGGGUAGUAAAUAG